GUAAAGCUGUCAAUCACCACGCGGCAUACUUGGUAUUUUCCCCGGUAUUUUCGAAAGUAGAGUAUCGCGCUUACGUUUUAAAAAUAAUUGCAACAUUUUACCUUUAUUUUGCCCUGUUCACAAAAAUAUAAAGGAUCUCUCGGCAUGGAUGUAGACGUACAAGAAAUUCCUGCCAGCGUCGAACAAACGAAAAAAAGCAAGCCAAGGAUUAAAAAAGAGAUUCGCAAAGUGUUUGUUCCCCGUACCAGACAGUCAGCAUUGAAGGAACAAUGGAUGAAAAUAUUCACUCCAGUUGUAGAGCAGUUGUUGCUACAGAUAAGAUACGACGUGAAAAGUAAACAAGUUGAACUCCGUUUGGGACCCGAAACGAAAGAUCCGUCUAACUUACAGAAAGCGGCAGAUUUUGUACGAGCUUUCAUGCUCGGUUUCGAGGUGGAAGACGCUUUGGCUCUGCUUCGUCUUGAUGAUCUUUUCAUCGAAUCUUUUGAAGUAAACGACGUAAAGAUGUUAAAAGGAGAUCAUUUGAGUCGCGCUAUCGGAAGAUUAGCUGGAAAAGGAGGACGAACUAAGUUUACCCUGGAAAACUCAACUAAAACUAGAAUUGUUUUACAGGACUCUAAAAUUCAUAUUUUGGGAAAUUACAAAAAUAUACAACAAGCAAAGCGUGCAGUAAGCCAUCUAGUUUUAGGAUCACCUGCCAGCAAAGUGUAUGGGAACUUGCGAACAGUUGCUGGUAAAAUGUCUGAAAGAAUGUAAUACUUUUCAAACCUAAAUUUAAUGUGUAUAUAUUAUGUUAAAUUAUAUCCAUUGAAUAAAAUUGCGUUUCCUUUUUUGUCAA